AUGCAGUCCUCUGACGCCAUCCGCCAACACAUCUUUCACCCAGGCAGCCACAGCCGCCCCUUGACCACGACUGCUUCUUCGACGCCAGUGCGACCGACCAAGAGGAGACUGGAAACCAGUGACGAUACUGAUUCUCAUGCGACGCUCACCGAACCGCCCGCCACCAAGCGGACCAAGAUGGAUGCCCCCAUCGCCGCCGACGUCACCCCCCUGUCGGCCGGCGCAGUAGAGACCACCAUCCAGACCGAACCCGCGCCGCCCGUUGUGAUGUCGACUGCCCCAGCUGCCAACGACCUGGACAAGGCACGCGAUGCUAUUCACUACCAGUUUGGUCUUGAGAUUCUGCUGAAGCAUGACGAGUUGCGACUUGUUGACCAGGAGCUGGCCAAGUGCCAGGUUGCACUCGAGCAGCUCCGAAGGUGCCACCUCAUCCCGUAUCCCGUUACCUGUCCCACACCCGAGCAGAUGGCCGCUCUCAGCAGCGGCAAAGGCCCCGCUGUGCAACCUCGUCCCGGUGAGAUGGUGCCAGAAUGGGCUCCGCCUUUUGGUGUUGUCGAUGGUCCCUACGCUCGUCACUACGCCAAGUGGCUCAUCCCCGACCCCAAGUUUGACGGCAUGCAGCCUGAGUGGCAUCCCGUCAUGGAGACUGUUGGUCGCAGGACGUCGGCGGAAGGUCGCACGACCAGGAACAGCAUUGUCGAUUUUGCCAGCCUGAGCAAGCCACGUUCCGGCAGGGGCAUGUCCCAUCACAAGCUGCAGUCUCUCUCCAGCGGCUACCCUCAGCCCAAGGAGAAGGCUGGGCCUUGUGUGCUCAAGCGCUCCGACGGUCAGACGGUCAAGCUAGUCUGCAUCGAUUGCCAAAGGGACAACUUCUCCAGUACUCAAGGCUUCAUCAAUCACUGCCGCAUAGCCCACAGACGAGAUUUCAAGAGUCACGAGGAGGCCGCCGUUCACUGCGGUCACCCCAUUGAACCGACCGACGGCGCGGCUUCUGCCGCCGCUGUUGCGCCUGUGGCGGCCGAGGAGAAGGAAAAGGCAAGCGGCCCUACAAGCUUCGCCCCGACUGGCUCGGGACUCGUGCACCCCUUCGCCCAGCCCCAGGUCAUCACUGAUCAACAGGCAUACGCUGCUUUGCACUCGCGCAUCGAAGCCUCUCUCGAGUUGUACCAUCAGGGCAAGCUGCCCGGGGUCACUUCCAUUCCUACCAGUGCCCCCAAGGUCGCAUCAGGCGAAGCGAAGAAGCCGAACGGCGGAUUUGUCUCCGCUCGCGAGACCCCUUUCCUCUCGAGCUUGAUGAAGAAGAGGAAGUUCCAGGGCGAUCUGGGCGAUAUUGUCCGCGAUGCCAAGGAGAAGAUAUCGAUGGACGAUCUCAUGUCACCGGCCGAAGAUUCGGAAGAUGUGGAGCUCUCCUUCGCCAGCACCGAUGGCCUGUCAAAGGAGACGUUUGCUGCGUCCCGAGCUCCCGUCAUGCGCGUGCCUGCGAGGAUGGUCUUGUCUCCGGCACCCACCGGUCCGUCGACAAGACCAACCAGCAGCAAGGCUCGCUCGCCUCAAAUGGGCUUCGCCUCUCCGACUAGCAUGUCUGACAAGGACGAUGACCGCAAGAUGCUGCUGCUGCAGGAUGACGACGUCGAUAUGGAUGCCGACAUGAGUCCCAACACCAUGGUCAGCAACAAUGCCCCUUCGCUCGUUAGCGACGACGGAGAGUACGAUGACUCUGAUGAUGGGUCUUCCAUGAGUGAUGUCAGCGAUGGCGCCGAGUCUGUAUCGGACGUGGCUGAGAUCAACAUCGAUGAGGACAGCGAACCGCGAUCCCUCCGUCAUCACCGGACUUCGAGCGGUGUCGUCUCGGGAGCCGUGCGCUUGAAGAAGGAGGAAUCGAAACACGUCACUUUCGUCAGCCCUGUCAACAAGAGUGCCAAACGAGCUCGGAAAGUGUAG